AUGCCACAACAAAAAUCCAAAGAGAAACAAGCUGCCCAUGUAAAUGAUCAACCUGAAAUGAAACCACCUUGCAAGAUUGUGUUGUACAACACUUUUCGAGAGCUUGAAGGAAAGCACAUCGAUUAUCUGUCGGAUAUAGGUGGGAAGAAGCAUUUGGUUGUCCCUGUUGGUCCUCUUGUGAAAGAAAUCAUCGAUGAUGAAAACGAGCACUCUGAGAUCAUACAAUGGCUUGAUAACAAGGAUGAGUCCUCCACUCUGUUUGUUUCCUUUGGCAGUGAGUAUUUUAUGUCAAAGGAAGAGAUUGAAAAGAUAGCUCAUGGGUUAGAGCUUAGCAAGGUUAAUUUCAUUUGGAUUGUUAGGUUUCCUGUAGGAGAGAAAGUUGAGCUUGAAGAAGCACUGCCAAAGGGGUUUAUUGAGAGGGUAGCAGAGAGAGGAAUGGUUGUAGAGGGUUGGGCACCACAGGCAAGAAUUCUGGCCCAUUCAAGCACCGGUUGCUUUGUGAGUCACUGUGGAUGGAAUUCGGUAUUGGAAAACUUAACAUUUGGGAUACCAAUUGUAGCAAUGCCAAUGCAUUUGGACCAGCCAUUAAAUGCUAGACUGGUGGAGGAGGUUGGUGCGGCUAUGGAGGUCAUUCGACACGAGAAUGGCAGACUCAGCAGAGAAGUGAUAGCACAAGUAAUAAGGAGAAUUGUUGUGGAAAAAAGUGGGGAGGAUAUAAGAAUUAAAGCUAGAGAAUUUAGUGAGAAAAUAAGAAUGAAAGGAGGGGAAGAGAUAGAUAAGGUGGUUAAAGAGUUGCUUCAACUUUGUAAGGAUAGAUGA